AUGCCUGCGGAGGCGGCAGUCUCAUCGACGGUGCAGCUGCUAGGCAAUCUGCUGGCCAAGAAUGUGCAGUCCCUGCGAGGCAUCAAGGGAAAGGUGCAGUCCCUGAAAGAUGAGUUGGAGUUGAUGCAAUCUUUUCUCAAAGACGCAAACAGAAAGCAAGCUAAAAACGAAGUAUUUGGUAUUUGGAUAGGGAAGAUCAGAGAAAUUGCUUACGAUGCUGAAGAUACCAUCGCAAUGUUCGUCAUCAAUGUUGAGAGCACCAAGAACACAACGUUUCUCAAAAGAUGCACCGGUUUCCCGAAGCGUCUUCACCAAAUCCGCAGAAUUGUGGGCAAGAUCAAGUCCAUCCGAGCUAGGCUUGACGAGAUUCACAAAAGCCGAGAGAGGUACGGGAUACUGAUUGUCGAAGAGGAGGAGGAGGAGAUGUCGCAAGUUGAAUUGCUGCGGCGGUUGUGUCCUUGGCAAAAAGACGAACACCUUGUGGGCGUAGAAGAUGUUGUGAAGAAAUUGCUGCGAGAAUCGAUUCUGGAUGAAGAGAAGAGAGGGCUUUCAGUUGUGGUUAUACAAGGCAUGGGUGGAAUUGGGAAAUCGACACUUGCCAGGGAGAUAUACAACCACCCUGACGUUGUUGCCGGUCCAUUCAGUCGGCGUGGUUGGGUUGUGGUGUCGAGUGAAUUUACGCCACAAGAGACGAUCAAGCAGCUUAUCUUCCAGCUGUCCAGAUCGGAUGAGGAGAAAAAGAAAGUGGUUGAACAUAUCUAUAAAUUGGAGCAGUCAAUGAAAGAUAAGCUGUAUGUCCUACAAAACCUUCAAGAACUGCUUCACAGACAACUGGAGGGAACAAAUUAUUUCAUAGUUCUGGACGAUAUGUGGGAGCAACCACAUUGGGAAUAUUUUCAAGGUGCUUUCCCCAAUCAACAAGAUAAAACAAGUAGAAUAAUUCUAACAACUCGCAACAAGAUUAUUGCAAAGCAUGAUCAAUAUGUGCAUAAGAUGAAGCUUCUAGACCCCGAGAAAAGUUGGGAAUUGUUCUUGAAGAAAGCAUUCAUUAAUAACACCAAUGGCACAUGUCCAGAAGAACUAGAGAGUAUUGGAAGACAAAUUUUGGAAAAAUGCGAUGGUCUGCCAUUAGCAAUUAGUGUGGUUGGAGGCUUAGUUGUGGACACUCAAGACAGGAGUAUAUGGCAACAUGUUUUGGACCAAAUAAAUUCCAAUAAUCUGAAAAACAACUUACCAAAUAUUUUGGGGUUGAGUUAUCAAAAUUUAUCUCCCCAAUUGAAAUCAUGCUUCUUAUGUCUAGCUUUUUUUAAGGAAGACUUCACGAUCCCGGCAGAAGUGCUAGUAAACAUAUGGGAUGCACAAGGAUUGAUCCAAGACAAAGGAAUUAGAAGAAUUGAAGAUAUUGGGAGAGGUUAUUUGAAUGAGUUGAUAAAUCGAAGUAUGCUUCAAAUUCAGGAUCAAAAUAUCGAUGGCCAAGUCAAAAAAUUUCGUCUCCAUGAUCUUCUUCGCGAUGUAUGUUUAAGCAAAGCUGGGGAGGAAAUGGGUGUUAAGAUUGAUAAGGGGGAGGAGGGAGGAUGUUCAUUUGAAUCCUCGUACAAACCUCGUCAUAAUGUUGUCUACAACAAAUCUUCUGAAACUUUCCCUUUGAAUCAAAAUAAGCAUAUGCGCUCUCUUUUCCUCCUUAAUGUAGGGAAUAAGAGCUGUCGUACGGAUAUUCCAUCUCCUUAUUGGAAUAACUUUCUAAUGCUUAAGAUUCUCUACCUUGAUGGCUUUGCGUUUGGAAAACUCCCCGACUCUUUUCGGUGCUUGUUUGGAUUGAAGUACUUGAGAAUACAUACAAAUCGGAGCUACAUUUAUUUGAAGCUCCCAAGUUGGCUUUGUGACUUUAAAAAGCUCGAGUUUCUUUAUGUGGAACAUAUAGAGUUCUCAGAAGGUGCACUAAAAAUGGAAAACUUGCGUGACUUCGGUGCACGUAGUGUACGUGGAAGAACCAUGAAAGUAGAGAAUUGGAAAAAUAUAGAGAGUUUGAAGGGUAUCAGGCUAGAGGAUUGGGUGGAGAUGAGCUCAGGAAUAAUGCCUAAUUCUCAUCUGCGUGAACUGCGCAUAAAGGUAUGGGGUAGUAGCGAUGAAGAUGAUGAUGUCGUAAGCAGGGGAAGAGAGUCCCUAGAAAAGAUGACCAAUCUUGUGAAACUACACCUAUAUUUAGAUACUAAGGGGGAUUAUGUGCCUUGUAGAGUGCCCAAAUUAAUUCCCAUUCUCGAGAGUCUCACGUCACUUAAACUUAAAUCGGAUGUUUUCACUUUCGAAUGGCCAGCUGCAGGUGUGUUCCCUCCCAAUCUCUCUCACCUAACGUUGUCGAACAUGAAAAAUGUUUCGAUGGAAGAGUUGGGUAAGCUACCAAAGCUACAGUAUCUUACCUUAAAGCAUUUUCGUGAUUAUGUAAACAUGUGGAGGUUGAAGAUAUUGGAUGACGGGUUCCCCCGUCUCAAGGCUCUCUCCCUCAAAGCAAUAAGACGUUUGACCGGUGUGGACAUAGAAGAAGGUGGAAUGCCAUGCCUCAAACAGCUCCUGAUCCGUCAAUGCCCACAGCUCGAGAGUACUGAGAAUCUGCCCAGACACAUUAUCGUAUCAUUUGCAUAACCUGCAGGUUCUGACUUGCCAAGACUGUGAUAGAAAGUGGAGUUCGAGUGAUGAGUUGAACAAGAAUAAGACUCGAGGUGUCUUGCGGUUUUAUAUCAGUUUUAUGUAGUUUAACGUUGUUUUGUUUGGAUUUUUUAUUUUCAUGAACCAUAUUUUAUGCUUUUUAUUUUAAGGAUACAGAUGGAUCUUUGUUUGUAAUUAGUUAGGCUAAUGCGUUGCUUGCCUUUUUGAGUGCUUGUAUGAUUAUAUCCCGUUUAUGUUAAUUAUUGUGCAAAAA